UUGGACAUUUGGUAACCAUAAUAAAUUGCAGUUGUGCAGUUGAGUUCGUCCAUUCCGAAAUUGUGAGAGCCAAAGCUGAGUAUUAUUCUCUCCUACCCUGAUCCUUUGCUCUCAUAGCUUCUUUUUGUGUCAAAACUCAAGAGUGAUGGCUGAGAAUUCAGGAACCAAUGGCAACGAUGCUGUUGCUUUGAAUGUUAAUCAUGAAACUCCAACCUAUGCCUUCAAACCCAGCCGUGAAUCUGGCUUCCGUGUCUCUAUACCUUUCAUGCAGAAGUUGAUUGCAGAGGCGGUGGGUACAUACUUCUUGAUAUUUGUGGGCUGUGCUGCGGUGGUGGUGAAUUUGGACAAGGACAAGGUUGUGACUAUGCCAGGAAUUGCAAUAGUUUGGGGACUGGCCGUGACGGUUCUGAUUUACUCUGUUGGCCACAUCUCUGGUGCUCAUUUUAACCCAGCAGUCACUAUUGCUUUUGCCACUUGCAAAAGAUUUCCAGCCAAGCAGGUGCCUGCUUAUAUAGCAGCUCAAGUCCUUGGAUCAACACUUGCAAGUGGAACUCUUAGGUUGCUCUUCCAAGGGCAGCAUAACCACUUUGCAGGAACACUGCCGGCUGGGUCAAACAUGCAGUCUUUUGUGAUUGAGUUCAUAAUCACAUUCUUCCUCAUGUUUGUCAUAUCCGGUGUUGCCACUGAUAACAGAGCUAUUGGAGAGCUUGCUGGCCUUGCUGUUGGGUCAACGAUCCUACUUAACGUCAUGUUUUCAGGGCCAAUUACAGGAGCAUCAAUGAAUCCAGCAAGAAGCUUAGGGCCUGCAAUUGUACACAGUGAAUACAGGGGGAUAUGGAUAUACAUGGUAGCACCCAUUCUUGGGGCUAUCUCCGGUGCGUGGGUCUAUAAUGUCAUCAGGUACACCGACAAGCCAGUGCGAGAGAUCACCACAAGUGGCUCUUUCCUAAAGGAGUCAAAAAACAACAACACCAUCUGAUUUCAAAAGUCUAUCUUUAUCACUACUACGUAGCAUAUGUAUUAUUAGGCUUAAAAGUAUAGGGAGGAACUUACAUGUUUGUCUAUUCUCAAAAGUAAUCCCUUUAGGGAUAUAACUAUAGCGAAAAGUCAGCUUUUCUUUUUUGCUUUC